AUGGACGUUACUCUGCUCUCGUUUGAGCAUGAGCAGUACGCGACAGACGAGGCCUACGACAAGGCCAUCAAGAGCUACAUCAAAAACAUCACGACACUAUUCUUGAAGGAACAGUCGCAAGUUAUCGUGGCCAAUGCGCCACAGCUCCUCGAGGUUGUCAACCCUGCGGACCACUCGAUCGCCCACCUCGCAAUCCUCAACACGCUCAAGCACUGUGACGAAGCUGCCUUGCCCUUCUCUCCCGAUGUCCUCCGGGAACACAUUCUCAAGUUCCUGCUCUCGUUCGACCAGAGACAAAUACGCUACGUGGGGGAUGUCUUCUACGACCUGGUCAAGGAUGUUCUGGACUGCAAAUACUUCCCGGCUCGUCAAGCCAUCGAUAUCGUCGCUGUUGUGUUGAGACGACUUGACCCCGACUCCGCCAUACUCACGAGCCUACAUGUUGCCGCAGUCAAGCUAGCCUGCGAGACAGGCAACGAAGAUGAAGUGCUUCCAAUCAUCGAGAAGCCUUGGAUUUUCCUCCCUGGAAUGAAGGACCAAAGCCAUCCGGAGUAUCUCUGCGACACAACAGCCUCGCCUGCUGCCUACAUCAGCGCAAAGACACAGCUCACCCUGAAGCUUAACCGGGAGGAAGUCAUGCAUCACGAAUACCUGGUGGCUCAGGUUUUUACGGGCAAGCGGAGAUGGGCGGAUGCACACCAGGCAUAUCAAAGAAUCAUCUCCUGGCCAGGACGAGAAGGAGCCACGAGCAAGAUCAUGACUGAGUCUCACAAGCGGUGGAUCCUCACGGGCCUCCUAUGCCUUGGCCAGACGCCUACACUUCCGAACAAUGCCAGCGCGGCUGCCACAAAGGCCUACAACUCCCUUUCUAAGCCCUACGCGGACGUUGCUAGCCUGUUCUCCACAAGCAACGCGGAGCGUUUUAAGUCAGAGGUCGAGAAGGGCACCGAGACGUGGAACACCGACCAGACUACGACGCUUCUCAAUGAGGUCGUGAAGGCGUACCAGAAGUGGCAGAUUCUCGGCCUCGCCGAUGUAUACCAUAAGAUCAGCGUCUCGGAGAUUCGCCAGAACACACUCAGCGCCGAGACAGCCAACAACUUGGAGACAGAUCAACAGGUCGAGGAGCUCCUCCAGGAUAUGAUCAACAGCGGAAUGCUUCAGGGCGUGCUGGAGACCAGCCCCGACGGCGUGAAGUGCCUCACGUUCCUGCCCCGGGACCAGGAGAUGGAGCACACGGAAUUCCAAAGGAAGAUCAAGGACGAAGCGCGCAUCAAGAAGCUCAACGAAUGGACACGUGCAAGCGACGCCCGCCUCGCCGCGUCCAAGGACUACGCCAAGCACGUAAUUCGCGAGCAGAAGCGCCAGGAUAAGGACGGCGCAGCCGGCGGCGGCGACUUUGGAUUCGACGCGUCCAUUGAGGACGAGGAUCUGAUGACCGGCAUUCAGCACCCUUAG